AAUUAAUAAAUAAAAAAUGUUAAAGCUCUUGCUCCUGUUGGGAAUUUUGGCCUCUGUGAGAACUUCAAAUAUCUCAGCAAAUUUCCCCUAUUGUUUUCGUUUCUUUUGGAUUGGUCCCUAUCCGGCCAAAGACUACAUUGGCAAUGAGACGUGUGAGGAGCGUAUCAAUAAUGAGAAUAUACCCUGUCGUAGACCCAUUGUGGCCACCCAUAAUGAUAAUAUUCCGGAUACUGUGGAUCUGUGGGCGAAAUACAAACACAACCCCAAUGCCAUAGCCUGUGCCAUGGUCCCCGGGCAAUUGUGUGCCAAGUAUACCUAUUUGCAUAAUAAGGCUGUCCAAAACAUAACCUACAUGUGUGCCAAGGUCAAUACCACAACCGGUUGCUAUCGUCAAAAAUUCAUAUCCGGUUCGGAGGUGGAGGUGUGUGUCUGUGAAUCGCAUUUGGGAGGGAUGCCCUGUAAUCGAGGUACUCAGCGGCAUCAAUACAAGCUAUCGUACGUCAUGAUAGCUGGCAUAAGUUUAAUGAAAUCCUCCACAACUUCUUUGGAAAUGAGAGGAGUCGCUAAUCCCAUGUUUAACAAGGAGCCACAGCUACUUGCGGGCUAUUUUGGAAACGGUGAAUCCUUGGUGGUAAAAGGACACCUGAAGGAAAUUUUAGGAUAG